AUGAUUUGCGAAUUCUGCCGCUCCACUAUCCUGGAGUCCGAACGGAAGUGGGACUAUCACCACCGGCACGCAGCCUCCUUCGAGGCCUCAGUACAGUCGGGAUGCGUCUUCUGCAUGCGGCUCGCCGAAAACAUCGGAAGCCUGAGCCCCUGGUUUGACAACGAGCACAAGAUCAAGUCGGUGUACCGCUGGAACAUUCGCCAGGCGUACAAGACCCGAGAGACCCAGAGUUACAUCUCAAUCAGGUUCAGGCCGAUCCCCGGGAGGUGUGGCGGCGACAAGAGAAGCGAGGAUCUCCCAGAUGCCCAAUUCCACCUGUAUCCGAAAGAUGAUUUUAGUUUAAACGCUGGUCAAGAGAACCUAGGUCCCGGAACAGACUCUAGGCAGUCGCAGGUACGAAUGAGGACGUGGAUGGAUGAAUGCGUCGACAGCCAUCCCAACUGCGUCAGACACCACAGUAGCCGCGACUUCGUACCCACGCGCGUUCUGGACGUGGGCCCCCCCGAGGACACCAUCUGGCCACCAGCAUACGUCCGCGUUAUAAACACCGACAAAAACCCUAUUCACGCACCUUACCUUACCCUAAGCCACUGCUGGGGCGAUGGAGCAUUCGCGCAGCUCACUAAGGACAAUAUUGCCAACUUUACGACCCACGGCGUCCCGUGGGAAGGCAAGGACGGGAUAUGUAGCAAUACCACCUUCGCGCAGGCCCUGCAGGUCGUCCGGCAGUUGGGUAUGAGAUACGUCUGGAUAGACUCUCUAUGCAUCAUCCAAGGGAAGGGGGACAAGGGGCUCCACGUUGAGGAUUGGAAGGCGGAAGCGCCGUUGAUGCACAAGGUUUACCGAAACUCGUUCUGCAACAUCACCGCUGCGGAUUCGAAGAAUCAUACGGAGGGCUUGUUCCGUUCAAGGAAACCGAACUUCUUGCCGGUCCACUAUACUAGUUGGAAGCCAUCGAAGAUCUUUGGAGACACGGAAUGGAGAGUGUUGGACCAUGAUCAUUGGGACAAAGACUUGUUGAAACGACACCUCUACACUCGCGGCUGGGUCUUUCAAGGCCAAGUGUUUUGGGACUGCGCGACACUAAGCGCGUCCGAAGCCCUUCCUGACGGCCUCCCGCCGGCCCUCGACAAUGUCGCCAGCAUUCACCGCAGCUGGCGGCGCCAGCUCCAAGGCUCCGCCCUCUCUGUGCGGUCACUGGUCAGCUCGACGGCAGACUCGCUCCAGGGGUUCUGGAAAGACUCUGUGCAUGCGUACACCAGCUGCAACCUUACUUUCCACAACGACAAGCUGGCCGCCAUGUGGGGCAUCGCGAAGCUCGUCCGAGAUGCGUUGGGGGAAGAGUAUGGUGCCGGGCUGUGGACAAAUGGUCUGCACGAGCAGCUUGCGUGGAGGGUGCUGGAUUGGAGGACGGGAAAGAGGGAUGCCGAAAAGGAAGGUGGUUUUCCGUCCUGGUCGUGGGCGUCGGUGAAGGGUGCCAUUGAGGUUGCGCCGCCGAUUCCGGAUUUGCCGCGGUUCUAUACCGCGCUGGGCCACGAUGGGAAGCCCCUCAAAUUCCUAUUGAAGAAGUCUCUCUUCGGAAGGUUUGAAGGAGAACAUUAUGCCUCAUGGGGGGAGGAGCUUGUUAAUAUGACGAAGAAGUUGGAAGAGACGUCAGCCAAAAUGUCUAGGAAGGUCGCGGCGAAGGUUGUCAACAUAUUUGCGUCGAUUCCGGAGAAAUCGGAAUCCUUGGAGACCAAGGACCGCAAGGACACCGAGAAUCCGCUUGCUCUGGACGGAAAGAGAGAUCUUACAAGUAGAGGGCCUGGUAUGAAAGACUCUGUCGAAGGCCCUGCAGAGUAUGACACGGGGCCUAAGAAUGAACCUGGGAAGACCGAGUCUGCUAAAACAGUGUCCGACAACGGUGAUGCCGCUAGCAAGGCACACGCUGCAGAUAUGCCCUCGGAGCUUCUAACCAACAAGAUUGCCAUCCAAACACACAUUGGCAAAGGCACUCUUCAGCAGGCCUCCCCGGGAGAGGAAUGGACGGUUGCAAUUGACGGCCUAAACCAGAGCGACGCCUUUAUCGAAGCCUUUCCUGACGCUCGACCUCAUGAGAGCACAACUCAAUGCGAGUUCCUCUUACUGGCGGUUUCGAAGGAGGUAUGUGACUAUUUCGGCGAGUGGGGCCCCGAUGAUGGAUACCUUGAAGAAGACGAGAUAGUUGGGACGCACUACUCGGGGAGUGCGGUCCUCGUUGAGAGAGUUGCAGAUGACCACUUUACAAGGAUUGGCGUUAUGGUGUUUCGUCAGCUAGCCGGUGAUAGCUGGGGACAUUUGCGACGAGCUUGUGAUCAAGAUGAAGAAACGAUGGAGGGCGAGCUUGCUAUUGAGGAUGGACAAAGAGUUUGGCUCGUGUGA